AUGGUCGAUCCGAUCACAAUCAUAGCGACCAUCUGCACUCUUAUUUCGGCCAGUACGGCAAUCCAUGACCUAGUAGUAAAAUACUUGCCCAACAAAGCAGAUGGGCACUUCGGUCAGUGUGCUGGCGCGCCAAACAGCGUUUUGGAGUUAAUGCGACAAUAUAAUGCUCUUGCAUCGAGAUUUGGUAGCUUUCUAGGGUACAAAUUAGAUGAUCAACUAUACAAUGAAGUGUUAGCACUGUCCCCUUCGCUCCGGCGCCUAAGGUCAAGGCUUUCUAAGCUACAACUGCAAGCACAAGCACUCCGUGCUCAGGCACAAACCGACGCAGAUAAUGUCGAAGUAAUUGCAAAGACACUCUUUAGGCAGAUAGAUCUGCUGAAUAAGAAAGUCGAGAAGUCUCUGGCCAGUUUCAUGGAUCGCGGCAGCUACACAUUCCAACACGGCCGGGAGCCCUUGCCGCUCCCGGGUCAGCCUCUGAGAUUUUGCCAUGGAGCAACUCUCUGUCAACUUGGCAUGGCAACCGCCGACGAGCUAUCUGUAGCUUGUAACCCUCAAGAACCCAAGCGGUGGGGCUUUACCUGCAAGUACUGCUUUCUCGAAGUUGGAAGAUACUGUGCCAUUCGGGUGUCGCACAACGGUCAGCCCGCCGUGGAUUUCGACAUGCUCGCUGCAAGUCAUUCCCCCACUUGCAAAUCAUUUGUUGAUCGCAGGGCCUAUUACAAAUGCAUUCCUUGUCACAAGUUAGACAUGGAGACUGGCUUCUCUUCCGCCACUGACCUCGAAAUCCACUCACGACGACACGCUGGACACGAGUUUAUCAACUAUGAGAAGGCCACCGUAGACUCGACUAGCGCGCAGAUGGAGCGCUACAUUCGUGAAUCCGGAACGAGGCACGAUACCGUAGAGUCCUUGGACGAGGACGUCACCUGUCCAGAGGAAACGGGUUCGGGCCCAAGCGCGGAUGGUUUGCCUGACAUCGCCUCUCAACACCAUAGAACCCACCAUCCCGUCCUGGUCUUGAGAAGGAGACCGGUGCUAUCGCCAACAGGGGACACCAUCAGCAGCCCGGUUGUUCCCGGGCUGUCUCCUCAACACAUCCCUUAA